AUGAUGAAGCCCAACAAUGCACACAAACCUAAAUUAACGCCAUCUCCGUGCCAGUAAAGAAAAAUAUCUCCAAUAAAAGUCAGCUGAACCUGAACGAAGAGAGACGCUGACAUAAAAACGAUCAUAAAAAUGGCGAGAAACAAUGAGAAACCUUGGUUGAACCACUGAACGAUGCCAAAGGUAUGCACCAUGCUAACAUCUACCAGAGUAGUUGAUUUCCCGUACGGUGUCCAUCUACACUUGGUGGUAAAAAAAACUCAGAAUCUGAUUAAAUGCACCCCAUUUCGAAGGCGGUGAGAGCUGCUCUGCUUCAAAGUCGUAUCAAUUCGCGUUUCAUCAUAUCUCAUGAUGGUUGAAUCAUUCACCGGAAUCAGUUCAUUUCGAGGCAUCGUUGGAUUCGCACGUACCGCAGUGCAGUAACACAAAAUGAUAUUGACGAUCACUUUCCUCAUCGGAUUGCUCUACACCAAUCCGUUGGCCUUCUUACUGCUUCUGGCGGCUGGCUUGGCGGUACGAGAGUUGUUCAAAUACCACUAUAAGCACUGGGAGCGACAGAAUGUUCCCGGUCCGAAACCGUCAUUCAUCUUCGGAAACAUCGCUUCCAGCAUCUUUUUCCGGCAGCACAUUGCAGAAGUUUGCGAUGAGUGGUACAAGAAGUACCCCAACGCACCUUUUGUCGGGUAUUUCAAAGCGUUCAAACCUUCGGUCAUGAUCCGCGAUCCGGAGAUGAUCAAAACCAUCCUGGUGAAGGAUCAAUCGUGCUUCUCGGCGAACGAUUUUGGCUUCGACGAGAAAGUGGAUCCACUUUUGGCUCACAACCCCUUCAUGGUGGACGGAGAGCGAUGGAAAAAGUCUCGCCAGGUGUUGACUCCGAUUUUCACCGGUAGCAGAAUGAAACAACUGUUUCCCACCAUGAAUGAAGUAAGCAGCCAGUUCGUGGACUUUAUCGGGCGCCAGUGCGGUCGCGAGGUGGAAGCCAAAUCGAUAUCGGCGGCCUACACGACUCAAAAUGUUGUUGGUUGUGCGUUCAGUUUGGAUGCUGACUGUUUUAACAAUCCCAACAGCGAAUGGCGGGUGAUGGGCAAGAAGAUGUUCCAGACGACAUUUUUGGUCGGAGUCAAGUUUAUGCUGACGUUCUUCGUACCGGCCUUGAUGAAGUGGUUUCCGGUUCCGUUUUUGCCUAAGGAAGUUGACGUAUGGAUUCGAAAAUUGGUAUCCACAUUGCUAAAAGAACGACAGACUAAACAACCGGAACGUGAUGAUCAACUGCAAAUACUAUUGAAAGGCAAAUCGGCAGAACUUACGGAAGAAAUGAUCGCCGGUCAUUCCCUUUCCUUCUUCACCGAAGGGUUUGAAACGUCCAGUAUUACCAUGGCCUUUGCUAUACUUCACUUGGCAGAGAAUCCCGACGUCCAAGAGAAACUUUACCAGGAGGUUCAACGCAAUCUUACCGAGAACGAUGGUUUGCUUACAUUUGAUCUGCUUCAGAAAAUAGACUACUUGGAUUGGAUUCUGCAGGAGAGCCUCAGAAUAACGCCCCCAGCCGCAGCCCUUCAAAAGCUUUGUACUCAAAACUACGCCCUCAAGUACGAAGUCGCUGGAAAGCAGGUCGGAACAUUUAUCCGUCCCGGAACCACGGUACUCAUUCCGAUUGCAGCAAUUCACAUGGACCCCCAGUACUACCCGGAACCGAACGAAUUCCGACCUGAGCGAUUUAGCCCACAGGAGAAAGCCAAACGGUCCCUCCCCGUUUACAUUCCCUUCGGCGAAGGACCUCGGAUGUGCCUUGGAAUGCGAUUUGCCCAAAGUCAGAUUAAAAUCGCUCUCCUGAAGUUGGUUCAGAACUUUCGAGUACGCGUGUCGCCCAACUACAAACCGUGGCAGUUCAAUAGGCAAACUUUCCUGACCGAAGCCAAAGAUGGUUUGCAGGUGAUAUUUGAUCGACGUUGAUUUCCGUUUGAAAUCAUGUUGGUGCUGAAUAAAAUGCUCGAAUCGAUGA